AUGGCAAAGCUUUCUACAUCUCUCUUCUUAAUCUGCUUAGCAUUCAUGUACACCAGAGAUGUCUCUGCAGAUGAUAAUAGACAGGCAAGUUCAAGUUUUUGCUCUGUGUAUAUUGUGUAUAUGGGAACACUUCCUGAGAUUGGAUACUCAGCUUCAUCUCACCAUCUCAAUAUGCUCCAACACUUUGCUGCAUCAAAUUUGUUAAUCAGAAGCUAUAAAAAGAGCUUCAAUGGGUUCGCUGCAAAUCUAUCUCUAGCCGAGAGUCAUAAACUUAAAAGUGAAUAUGAAGGAGGUUGUGUCUGUGUUUCCAAGCAAGACUCAUGA